AUGUCUUUCGGUAGACAUGCAUAUAGGCAUGCUGUACCGCCUUCCUCACACUCCUUAGUUGAUCAUGUAUGGAUUAGCGAAGAUUUCCUCGCGUCAACGUUCCGACGAUUCGCAAAUGGCCAACGACGCUAUGAGAGCCGAGUGCCGGGACCUUUAGAGGCAAGGAGACGGUUGGCUAAAAGAAGGAACACUGCACUGGCUAGCCUAGCAGGGUCAGGGCCACUGGAUGACAUUGGGUGUUUGUUGGGGCGCAAUGGACGGGAGCAUAUGAAAUGGGUUGGUGGGCAAUCACGGAACGCACCGCGGGAGGCUCAAGGGUCAGCUUUUUACGCUAUUGGCGCGCCCGCUUAUCCUUUGCCCUUUUACAAUGAGACCGCCGAAUCGAAUGAACUCUCCAGAUCAUCCGGGUGGCAGGUAUCUUCAUAUAUAGCCGACAAGGCGUCUCUCGAACAAUGCUUGGCGGAAUCCUUGAAGGACUGUCAGACGGUAACGGCUAUCAAGGAUGUUGUUCGAAAACUGCGAAUCGAUCUUCAGCAGGAGCCUGCAUACAGCCGGUUAAUAUUCGAGCAUCUACUGUCACAUUCGAUCAACCACACGUGCGCCACCGACGAGCUCGUUAAGUUUCUAGAUGAUCCGCACUUGAACACUCGGGGCGCAGGGAAUUAUCUUUGCACAGUGGAGCAUUUCGUUUCUCGCGGGGCAGACCUAUCCAAACGGUCCGCUUUCCUAGGCAACGUUACCACAGCACUGGAGCUGGGAAGAGUGCCCGAAAAUGAAUUAUGCCAGAUCAUAAGGGUUCUGUUUGAAAGAGUCAUUGGAGAUGCUGUGGUGAGACAACACGAUGCGAGAAUUCUGACAGCUUACUAUAGGAGGAUGUGGGAUGCGAUUGGAAGGUGCAACAUCUACGAAUACGAAAACCUGGAUAAAGAAACAAUUGAGACAUGGCUGGAAGGGCUAGAGAAGAUGGACAUGUCCGACUCUUAUAUUUUGGCAAGAGACAUAAUCAGCGCGACACAAGGUCGUUCUUGGGCUCCGUUGCUCAUUACACGAUUCUUGAAGUUCUCCUUGGAUCAUAAAACGGACGGUGACUACAUAAGCGGGCUCCUGAAUUGCUUUACACCUAAUGAGGCCUCUCUUUGCAUAAUCUCUGUUACCGAAUUACUGGCCCCGUACAGGAAACAACACCUGUUUGAGAUGUGGCAGGACCAUUUACGCCGUCUUCAGAACAUCCCCGGCCUUGUUUCCUCAUCAGCCUGGAGUGAUAUACCGGUCGCCACAUCACCUAGUACCUCUUGCCUGACACAGGAACAACGGAUAAUUUUGCGACUUUGGGUCUUGCGAACCUUUAGCGAAUACCUUCCUGAAGGGCCACUAUGGCGACAAGUUGUGAGGGCCACAGAUUAUCCUGUAUCCCGUCUUCUCAGCCUCUACAAAAGUUGCGUGGACAAGGCCAACGCAGAGAGCUUUUUGAGCAGCCUCGUAGGAGGAAUCCAUGACCUAGGCAUACCGCCUAGCGGCCUUCUGAUGCUAUCCGUUCACUUGACGGCUGGAAAGCGGAUGACAAAAGGGACCCGGCGUACUUUGAAUAGGCUGGAGUCAUCAAACGUUUCACUUCUGGACAUUUUCGCAAAUGGGGAUGCUUACAGGAAGACUGUCCCUCAUCUCUUUUCGGACUUCGAAAGGUUGGUCCGGCAAAUUAAUGUUACUAGUCCUUCAUUCGUGGAAAACAGUAUCCAUAUUGCAAGUACCGGCGAUUCUCAGAAUGUCUGGACUUUAAUUCGGCUACUCCGUUGCCACACACCUCUGAAGAUCGCCUUGUCAAGAUCAUGGGGACCCAUUCCAGACCCUUCUCAAAAGGCCCUUGUACGCUACUAUCCGGAAGCUAGAACUAGCGAGUGCCCAGAUCCCCAUGCCGCCCUUGAUAUGGUGCACCUCAUCGCCAUAUCCAUCGCUAGCUCGAAGCAGCUGAGUGCACGCCGUGCCUACGGCCUGAUUCAGUGGCUCUAUCGUUUCUUAGUAAAACACGGUGCGCCCGUGAAGCCCUCCCUUGUGCGUGCUAUGUAUCAUGUUGGCGUGGUACGGUACCGAAGGGAGGGGCUGCACCUUUCGUCCUUGCAAUACGCAUAUAUAUUGGAUCUUGUGGAGGAAGUCGAAGGACCCGAAGUCCUAGAUAUCAUGGUGCCGAGGGUUGGCCAAUCUGAUUCAUACAGUAGUCAGCUUGAGUUGCAAUGA